AUGACGAACUCCCCGGAGGCCUACUUCCUCGACCAGGAUGUCUGGGUCUUUAAUGCCUCAUCCUUUCACAUCUCACCGGCCGAGGCGGCAGCCAUGGAUCCUCAACAGCGAUUGCUCCUGGAAACCGUGCACGAGUCCAUCGAAAGAGCCGGACGGCGAGUGGAGCAGCUAGAGGGUUCAUCGACGGGAGUCUAUUUUGCUCAUGGCGGACACCAAUGCCCUACACCGUCCCUUUCUCCUCUCCGAGACACGACGACCGUGGUAGCCAACCGCAUCUGCUACUUCUUUGACUGGCGUGGGCCCUCGUUUACCGUCGACACGGCGUGCUCCUCGGGUUUAACCGCAUUGUAUCUGGCCGUGGAGGCUUUGCGCAACAGAGAGUGCACGCUAGCUGGCUCGCACAUGCAGAUACUGUCACCACAGGGCCGCAGCCACAUGUGGGACGCGCGGGUAGAUGGAUGCGCCCGGGGCGAAGGGACGGCAUCGGUGGUGCUAAAGCUCCUGAACGAUGCGAUGGCAGCUGGCGACCCGGUUGAAUGCGUCAUCCUCCCUGACGAUUCCCAACGCGAGCUGAUACGUUCCACCUACGCUCGUGCAGGACUGGAUCCGACCCGCGUGGAAGACCGCUGUCAAUACUUUGAUGCUCAUGGCACGGGCACACCAGUAGGAGAUCCACCGGAGGCUUCUGCUAUUGCGAGCGCCUUCUUCUCCCCGGAGUCUCCGGCGGAGGAUGUCAUAUGCGCAGGUUCGAUAAAGAUGCUGACCGGACACACCGAAGCCACGGCAGGCCUAGCUGGCGUCGUCAAGGCCUCGUUGGCCAUUCAGCAUGGUAUCAUCCCUCCUAACCUCCUGUUCCAGCAAUUCAGCCCUGGUGUUGCUCAGCAUGCCUCUCAUCUCCGAGUUCCCACUCAGGCCCUGCCCUGGCCGGAUCUCCCAUCCAACACCCCCCGGCGCGUGUCAAUCAACUUGUUUGGCUUUGAUGGUGCGAAUGCGCAUGCCGUGUUGGAGUGUUUCAGUCAAGCUGGAUCGGGUGCGGCCGACUCGGGCGUUCAAACCCUAAGUUCGGGGAUACUCCCAUUGGCAUUCUCCGCUGCAUCGGAAGAAUCCCUUGAGGCACAACCCUCAACCAUUACACGGCGGCGCCAGAUUGGUGCUCAGAGUGUCUUGGCUGUCUUUCCGGGUCAGGGUGCGCAGUGGCCGCAGAUGGGCCUGGAUGUGAUAUCCACAUGCACUCACGCAGCCUCGUGGUUGCAGGAGCUCCUGGACUCCUUCGAGACCCUCCCAGCCCAAGACUGGCCCAAGUUCACACUGCUCGAUGAGCUGUCAGCCCCAGAGGUCAUCUCCCGGCUCCACUCCGCAGCUUUCUCGCUUCCUAUUCGCACAGCCCUACAGAUAAUCCAAAUUCGAAUUCUGCGUUCUCUCGGGAUCGAAUUCGCGGCCGUUGUUGGACACUCGUCCGGGGAGAUUGGCGCAGCGUACGGAGCAGGACAAUUGACCGCAUUGGAUGCCAUCCGAAUUGCGUAUCUCCGUGAAGUUCCCGCGUCGCAUGCGGGAUGCCAGGGGCAAUCGGGUGCCAUGCUGGCAUUUGGUAUCUCGUGGGACCAAGCCCAGGCUAUCUGCAGCGAAGCUCCCUACUCUGGGUGGGUCGUUGUCGCGGCCUCCAACUCCCCCACUAGCUUGGAAUGGCUCUUCGAAAGCCUGGAGCAAUCCCCACGCCGUCUGCGAGUCGACACGGCCUAUCACUCUCACCACAUGGCUCCCUGCGCCGAUCCUUACCUGUAG